AUGAACAAAAAUGAGCCAACCUUCGAUUCCAGCUACAAGAUAUUAUGUGAGAGGACCAUCCAUCAUAGAAUAAUUGUAAAUCAAGAGGUGCUGACAAUGAUGCAGCUAAGAAGGAUCUUUUUAAAUCUUGUGAAAAAACAUGAAGAUCUUGAUGCUUCAAACUACAGGCAGGAUAAAUUGAAGAGGAGGUUGAUCCGUGAUUUCCCCCAGCUGGUGUUUCACUCGCCCAACAAGCGCAACAUCAGUGAGCUGGUUUUUGUCGAGACACUGUCUGCAGAUAAGCUGAUCGACAGGCUCCCUCAUCCAUCGGGUACAGAAACAACAGAGUCAACUGAGGUAACUAGCCAAAGUGACAGUGAAAACAUGCCAAGUACAACAGCUGGUCCGCAAAGACAAACCUCAAUGGCCUCCAAUUCUACAGAAGACACAAGGACAUUGUAUAGUGCAGCACUGAUUUUAAAGAUGCUUCUAUGUGACUCUCCUGGUAUGACAUGUCCAUGGCCACCCAAGUCAGAUGAUUUAAAUGUGAGUGAAGCAAAAUCUGUUGUGCCAAUCGAACUGUACAAUCUGAUUUCCUGGAUUAUUGGUGCAAAUGAGGAACCAACACUGGCCCAUUAUGUUGAUAUUACAGAUGAUUUGAACCUAAAAGUAAUAUCUAUUUGUCAAGACAUUGUGUAUCUCGCAACAAAGGGCCGGAGGCAGACACCCAAAUCAUUGUGUCUUGGUCUAACCGUUCGCCAUUUAACAGGUUCAUCACAAAUUGUGUCACUUCUAAAUAGACUAGGACAUUGUGCAUCAUGGGACACAGUUGUCAGUCUAGACAGUAGCCUUGCCCAACUUCAACUAGUAGAGGGCAGAGACAAAAUACCAAAGGGAUUCUCAAAGAAGGUUCCUACAAUACUUGUGUGGGACAAUAUUGACUUUGGGAAGGAGACACUAUCAGGUCGUGGAACUACUCACCACAAAAAUGGAAUUAUGCUGCAAAAUACUGUAGUUCAACCUGUGUCAACAACAAACAGACAACCACUACAGAAGGGAGUUUCCUCAUUCAAAGCACCCCCUUGCAUCCCUAUCGAACAGUACCAUCAGUCUAAAAGACAAGGACCACAGAACUUGUUUCAUCAUGAAAGCAAAAGAUUUGGAGAUGCAGGACUGCAAGACAUACUCAUUGAGUCCGAAGUUGUUGCCCCAGGAUCCAUCAGCGGAGUGAUCAGUGGUCAUCACUACAACCGCAGCAUGAGGGCACACAAACUUCUGUAUGAGAGUCUGCAACGCAUCAGAUUUCUCACCUUCUUAGACUCCUUGCCACCAGAGGAGAUCUCUGGGACAGUCACAGCUGAAGAAAUCAUGAGGGAUUUGCUCACAGCUCCUGGAAAGGGGGAAAAUGCUCUCAGAGAGUUUAUGGACCAAAGACUGUUAUCAACAUCAGUUGAUAUACUUGCUCCCAUCAAAAUACAAAAACGAAAGACCUUCAGUGACCAAGCAAAGACAAAGAAGAAACCGGCAGCAGGCAAGGAAGUGAUUCUGUGUGCCGACAAGAAGCUAUUCUCCAGACUACUCGUCAUAGGUCAAAGUAGAAAGAUAGAGCUUCGGGAAAUUCUGUCCUACUCCUUGGGAACUGUGUCAUAUCCUUUAGCCAGUGCUGAUGGUUCACUUGCUAAAACAAACAAAUCAGCUCUUAUGGAUUUAUUGGAAACCAAAGGUGGAGAGUGUUUAGUUGACAAAGUUCCGGCAGGUGGAGCUGUUCUCUUCGACGGAAUGGCGGUCAUUCAAGCCAUUCGGUCCACACCAAGUACAGAGAGAGCUCGCCGACACCAUACUGCAGUACAUUGUCAAGCUUGCUCUGAAGCACAACUGUACACGGAUAGACUUUGUGAUUGA